CCAGCAGACUUCUUGAAGUCAUUCAACCGUACAAUGAGACAGCAGUCCAUGACCGUGAGCACCGACGAGCUAGACGUGUUUGGAGAUUACCUAGGCACCAGCUCCCAAGCUGAAACAUGGUUCAAGAACAUCCCAGUCACAAGCAAAACUACAUGGACCACAUUUGUCACAGUGUUCAAAGCACAUUGGCCGCCGAUCAAAGUAGUGGAAAAGAUGAAUGCAGAGUAUGAAAAGGAGCUUUUAGAUCACACCCUGCAGAGUACAGAAGUUGGGAAGAAGACAAUGCUAUAUGACCAGGAAUGCUGGAUGCACGUUGCAUGGGCAGUGAAGACAUUACAACUAGCCACAAAUGCGGGAAUCGCACAGGGCACAUCAAUGAUCUGGCAAGUGCGCAGCAUGUUACCAGACAUCAUCAAGGACCUACUUAAGGACGAGGAAUACAAGGACUGGGCGGAAUUCACAAAGGCAGUU